AUGGCCAUUAUCUCCGAUUUCAACGAAGAGGAGCAGAAACCCACUCACUCCUCGCAAUCAUCCUCCUCUUCCUCUUCCUUCACUGCCACUUUCGACCGAUCAAACCCCCUCGCUUUUCUCCAGAGAGUCUUUGAAUUCGUCUCCGAACAGAGCGACUUUCUGGCCACGGAGGCCGCCGAGAAGCAGGUAGCAUCGCUGGUGCGCGCCGCUGGAAAGAAGAAGAGAGACCACCUUAAGGCCUCCGAGGAGAGGGAGAAGGCCGAUAAGAAGAAGAGAGAGGAACUCAAAGCCUCCGAAGAGAGAGAAAAGGCUGAGAAGAGAUUGAAGGAGGAGAAGGAACCGAAAGCAGAAGAAGAUGGCCCCUCCAGAGUUCCAAAUAAGGGUAAUGGCAUGGAUCUGGAGAAAUACUCUUGGACUCAGACUCUUCAAGAGGUUAAUGUGAAUGUUCCGGUGCCAAAUGGAACCAAAUCAAGGAUUGUUAUCUGUGAGAUUAAAAAGAACCAUUUAAAAGUUGGACUCAAAGACCAACCUCCAAUUAUUGAGGGGGAGUUAUACCGGUCUGUCAAGCCUGACGAUUGUUAUUGGAGUAUAGAGGAUCAAUGUGCACUUUCUAUUCUUUUGACCAAGCAUGAUCAAAUGGAAUGGUGGAAAUGUCUAGUAAAAGGUGAUCCUGAAAUUGAUACUCAAAAGGUUGAACCAGAGAACAGCAAACUUUCUGACCUGGAUCCUGAGACUCGACAGACUGUUGAGAAAAUGAUGUUUGACCAGAGGCAGAAGUCUAUGGGCCUUCCAACCAGUGAAGAGCUCCAGAAGCAGGAAAUCAUGAAGAAGUUUAUGGCUCAGCAUCCGGAGAUGGACUUCUCAAGGGCUAAAAUAUCAUAA